AUGCCUAAUUCAUCAAACGCAUGGGAAUUAAUAGCAAAUGACUAUAAUGAAUUAUGGAAUUUUCUGCAAUGUGUAGGUGCUAUUGACGGUAAACACAUCGUAAUGCAAGCACCUUUUAAUAGUGGCACGGAAUAUUUUAAUUACAAGGGGACAUUUAGUGUUGUACUACUUGCUGCAGUGGACGCACAUUAUUGUUUUAUUUUUGCAAGUGUUGGGUGCCAAGGUAGGAUAUCAGAUGGAGGUGUAUUUAAUAAUUCCAUCUUGGCAAAAAAAAUUUACGAUGAAUCUUUAAACCUACCAUCGCCAAAAGCACUUCCAGGACAAAAAGAAAAAUCUCCAUAUGUUUUUGUAUGCGAUGAUGCUUUUCCAUUGAAGGAAAUUUUAAUGAAACCUUUUCCAGGGACUCAUUUACGAGGUUCACCACAACGAGCUUUUAAUUAUCGUUUAUCAAGGGCACAACGUGUCGUUGAAAAUACUUUUGGCAUAAUGGCUUCAGUUUUUCGAGUCUUAAGGAAACCGUUAUUACUACAACCAGAAAAAAUAAAUACAAUUGUUUUAGCGUGUGUCCAUUUGCAUAAUUUUUUAAGACGGAGUGAGUCGUCAAAAAAUGUAUAUAGUCCACCAGAUAUUUUUGACUCUGAAGCUUUUGAAAACCGAACUUUAAAAAAAGGAACUUGGAGGAGUGAUUCGUCGGAAACCACGUCAUUUUUACCAUUGAAGAAAUGUGGACGAAAAUCAGCAGCAGCUGUACACAAAACUCGUGAACGAUUUGCUCAUUAUUUUGCAACUGCAGGGCGUGUUUAUUUGCAAGAUGAAUUUGAAUAA